AUGUCUGAUGUGAAGCAUUCAGCACAAGAAUUGGGAGUUUUAAACUUGAGACAUCCAGCACAACGGGGACAAAUUACCCCGAAAGAAGAUCAGCAUUUCAUGUGUGGAGAAUGUGGAAAAGGCUACAAGUGGAUGCACAAUUUGAGAAGACAUCAAAGACUCGAAUGUGGACAAGCGCCAACAUAUUUCUGCAAUAUGUGUGAAAAAACAUUUUACAGACAAUAUGAUAUGUAUGAAGAAUACGUCCCAACGGUGGUUUUUGACGACUCGAAUCAACAGGAAUCCCAACAAUGGGAAAUGAUCAGCUCGGAAUCCUACAUUCCUCUUCCGACCAGUUAUAAAAACAAAGAACCCACAUCGGAACGACCAUUCCAGUGUCCGAAUUGCAAUAGAACUUAUAAAUUGUUGGAUAGUUUGAGAAGGCAUUUAAGAGCCGAAUGCGGUGGGAAACAAAAACAAUUUCAGUGCUAUUUUUGUAAAAAGGACUUCAGAUAUCGGUAUGAAAUGAGUAAACAUAUUACGACCUCGCACUGA